GCGAGAUUCGACUGCGUGAAAAAACGGAGGGGAAGGUCAAGAGUUAAACAUGGCGGCCCGCGGUCUGCUAAGGUCUGUGUGGACCUCUUUUGCGGGUUUAAAACAGGGUUUCACAGGGACAGGCGUUACUCCACUCCAGAGAGUUAAUGUUCCCCAGAUCUCUGCUGUGACCAUCCAGACCAGAGGGGUUCGGCAAGUGGUGGAGCAGAAAGAUGGCAAAACAACAACGAUUGAGGGACAAGUCCUAGAUAUACCUGAAGGACCACAGCCUCCAAAUCCUACCGCCAAGUGUCCUAUCUACAGAUGGAACCUGCAGCACAAAUAUAACUAUACUGACGUCUUAUUGCUCAGUCAGUUCAUCAGGUCAGAUGGCGGGAUGCUGCCCCGGAGGAUAACUGGUCUUUGUCAAGAGGAGCAUAACAAGAUUGCCAUCUGUGUGCAGAUGGCACACAGAGCAGGUCUGCUCCCUGACCACAAACCCAAACUUCCAGAGGGUCAUGUCCCAAAGAAACCCAAACCCCAACUGAACAGGUACUUGACUCGCUGGUCCAUUGACUCGGUGAAACCCAUCUAUAAAAAGGGACUGAAGUGGUGCAAGAAGCGCAUGGAUGUAGGUCACCCAGCACUAAGGAACAACGUACGGUACGGCGUGAAGCCGCUGUACAUAAAGCAGUGAAGAAGCAAAAGGAGGACAGAUCUGGACUACAGCAUGGGUCUUCGGUGUUUAGUUCGUGCUACCCUGGAUUUAUGUCAUAAAGGCGUGGAAGGAGGCUGUCUGAAGCCUAACAUGUGUUUAUGAAUCCUUUUAAUGAGUCAUUACCAGCCCCACCCUGCACCAUCAUUUCUGACUUUCAAAACAUUCUCCAACAACUUCAUGUCACCAACCACUGGGUUAGGUGUUUCAAAGUAGGUGGUAUGUUGACUGUGUAAAUUCAACACAAAACAGAUGUUUAAAUAAAAUGUCAAUGUUUAA